AUGAAAAGAAAUGCAACCAUACCACCUUCAGACCUCUUGAAGUUGAUUCAGGGCAUAUCUGAUGUCGGCCCCCUGCUUAACUCUGGGCACAUCCGGGCCCAGGACAAGGAUGAAAACACCAUCUUGCAUCUAAUUGUGGAACGGGGCCUUGAAAAUCUGAUCAAACCCCUCGCAAGAUGGAUCCCGCCGAGUUCCAUCCCCAAUCACGAUGGAUGGACGCCUCUCCACUUAACAGUCAGGAAUAAUGAUGAACGCAUGACAAAAGCACUGGUCCAUGCUGGUCCGGACAUAUCAGCUCAGGAUCAAAGCGGAAAAACCGCCCUUCAUUGUGCCUGUUAUAAUGAUGCAGUCAAGAUUGUCCGGUUCCUCCUGGACCAAGGUGCGAACCCGUCUGCGGCGGAUUACGAGGGAAGCACACCCCUGCAUGAGGGGCUGGCGCCGAGCUUAACCCCAAACGCGGCCCACGAAAGACAAGUCCCCUUUUUUAUAUGGCUUGUCUGGGUCGAGAAAGUGCUGCCAGGAUCCUUCUUGAGGCUGGAGCAGAUCCUUUCAUUCAAACAGAGGAAGGGGGAGACCCUACUGCAGCGAGCAACUUCCGGAAACCAUUCCAACUUCAUGCGGGUCCUCCUUGAUGCAGGUGUUGAUGUCAACACGCGCGAUUCUUACAACGGCUACACCGCAGUGCUGAGGGCUGCUUCUAGGGGAGCAGAUGAUGCCCUUCGACUUCUCCAGAAGAACGGAGCGGAUAUUUUAGCAGGGGACUAUCACAGACGCAACGCACUGCACUUAGCAGCCAGGACGGAACAAAAGCCAUCAACAGCCAAGCUGCUUUUAAAAGCAGGAGUCAACCCUUCUGCACAGGACUGGCAGGGCUACACUCCGCUGCGCUAUGCAGUUGAAGCGGGUAUACCGGAGUGA